AUGUAUCAGGGCCUUAUGAUUACUAUCAUUUACUGCUUCACCAAUAAAGAGGUAAACAUGGUAUUAAAAACGUUCUAUGAUCGAUAUAGACUUCAACACACAAGUCAACAUGAACUGCGAAGAGGUUCACGUUCCAUAGCGUCACACUACCAAGCUCGGAAUGGCCAAAUGACAGGGGUGUUGUCAUAUCAGUUUGCAGAAAUUCAUACGGAGGGCGUCGUAAUAUCAAAACCUUGCAAAUUUUGA